AUGAGACUCAUCGACGUCAAGACGCAGAAGCUCGAAACCCGGAAGCUCGAGGACUUUACAAGCGGCACGCUCUCAUAUGCCAUCUUGUCUCACACAUGGGGUGCCGAGGAGAUUACCUUCGAUGGGAUGAAGACAAAGCCUGAUAAACAAAAGGCUGGUUGGAGAAAAAUUGAUCUAUCAUGCAAACAAGCAAAGGAAGAUGGAUAUGACUACGUUUGGUGCGAUACUUGCUGCAUCGACAAAAACAGCAGCGCUGAGUUGUCGGAGUCUAUCAACUCCAUGUUUCGCUGGUAUCAGGAAGCAGAAAAGUGCUACGCUUUUCUUGAAGAUAUUCAAGAAGUGGAAGAACUUACAAAAGCCAAAUGGUUCACGCGAGGCUGGACUCUUCAAGAACUCAUUGCGCCGAAGAGUCUCGUGUUCUACGUGUCCUGCGACACCACAUGGCGAGAGAUUGGUACCCGAGAGGAGGCGACAAUGGCAAAGAAAAUUGCAGGAAUAACUGGAAUUGACGAGUCUUUUCUACGCGGUGUAGAUUCUACGGGCCAUGUUCAUGGAGCGAGCUUUGCCAAACGAGUGGCUUGGGCAGCGGAUCGAAAGACGGAGAGAAAGGAGGAUAUCGCAUACUGCCUCAUGGGUCUUCUUGAUGUCAACAUGCCGCUGCUCUACGGAGAAGGAGGUGUCAAAGCAUUCAGAAGAUUGCAAGAAGAAUACCUCAAAGUCCAUCCGGAUCAGUCGUUUCUCGCGUGGCUUCUUCCUUCAGGAGACGAAGAGCCAAGGACCACCUCAGAUGGCAACCUCCUCGCCGGCCAUCCCGACGACUUUCGAAAGUGCAAACGGAUAUCACUGGCAAGUGAUGACGCUGCUCCAUUCACCCUGAACAAUAAAGGGCUGCAGAUUCGCCUACCGCUAUACCAGAACCGAAGUGUCGAUGCCAAACGAAGUCCAGAGUAUUUCGCCGUUCUCGCCUGUUACUCGGACGCGCAACCCGAGUAUCGAAUUCGCAUGCCUCUAUGUGCUGUGGAGAGGUCUGCCGAAACACUUUCUUUCUUGCCAAGCAGUCAGCACCAUCCUGUCUCGACAGACGAGUUUGACAACGCACGUUUGACGAACUGCUUUAUACUCAGAACACCACCGCCUUUAACCCCCCGGUUACUGUCAGUCAACGGCUUAUCCGAAUUGAUCUCGUGGAAACCAAAGAUCGUCUAUCUCAAUCCAUCGACUGGGACUUGGGAUUGUCUGAGCAAGCCUGGAGAUCUGGAUCCGAGCAUCCUGCGCCCCGAACUAUGGGGUCCUUCUUCAUCCUCCGUCUCAAUACUUGGACAAUACGAGCAGUGA